AUGGGCAACUCGACAAUAAGCAAUGACGCCGGUAAAAACACGCCCAACAUCUGGAAAGAAGCCUAUGAAGCUUUGAAAGAUGAUGAAAAGGGCAGAGAAAGGCUGCAGAAAUUGAACAGCAUCAUCAAAGAGCAGCUAGGUAAACCAAAGCUGAAGCUCCGAUCUGAAGACGGCUACAAGCAACUGCUCAAGCUGAUCAAGAAGAAAGCAGAGUCGUUGCAGCAGAGCAAAUCGUCAGAGAAGGUUGGUCGGAUAUGUAAGAACAUGAUGAGCAUCCAGGAACUUGUUGCAGCUGGUGCAAAUGUGGGAGGACCUUACAUUGCAAUUCCUGCUGCGGCGCUCUUCCUCGCCUUUUCCAUGAAUCAAAUUUACCUCGCUGAACGUGUUGCGAUGUAUAACCUUGCAGAAACUGUGACAAACUACGUGGUUCUAAACGCGAAGUCGCACCUUCGCAUCAAAGUUCAGCCUAAUGACGACCUCGACAUGCGCGACGCCAAAGACAAGCUCCAUACAGUAUACGUUGGGUUGUACAAACUGAUCAUCCUUGCCUCAGCGCAACUGACAAUCUCUCUGUUUGGCAGCUUCCAACUUGUCAAAAACCUAGCCAAGCAUUAUGACUGGACAGGACAGCUCGAAGAGCUCAGAGGGAAGGCGUCAGUGGUGGCAGAAUUCCGAGAAGAGCUGAAAGACUGGGAAAAACUUGGGGAAGCGAAGAAAAGAGCAGAUCGACCUGAUCCCAGAAAAGCAAUGGGCCCCGGGUGUCGUAACCCUCUUCACUGGGCUGCUGCCCUUGGUGUACCGGAGCAGGUUGCAUUCUACGUACAGAAUAAGGAGUAUCCCAUCAAUGCCCUCACUCCUCAGAGCUGGACCGCCGCACACUUGGCAGCAAGAGAAGGGCACACGCGAAUCUUGAGAAUGUUGCUGACAGCGCCUGGCAUUGAUCUCACCAUCAAGAACAGAGAAGGACGGACACCACUACACAUCGCUGCUAUAUACAAUCGAACCUGGGCCGUAAAGCUGCUACUCGAGCGACGCGCUAAGCUGCUGAGCUUGCGAGACAACUACGACCGCACGGCCUUCAUCCUGGCGGCCGAGAGAGGGAAUGUGGAAGUUAUGAAGGCUUUGAAGGGCUACGGGCAGAACAUGAACGAAGUCACGAUAAAGCAAGGCUGGACAGCAUUGCAUCUAGCCGCCGAGAACGGCAAGGUCAACGCAGUUAAGUGGCUUGCGGAGAACGGGACGAAGAAGUGGGCCAAGGUCAGAGACGGGCUACAGAAGGGCAUGACAGCGAAACAGAUAGCUGAGCAGAAGGGAAAAACUAAGGUUGUGGAGUUACUCUGA